AAUGUACCACGUGAUCACAACUUCUACUCGAGUCCUAACAGAAGCUUACUUCCUGUGAGAGCAAAGGGGAAAUAUUCCCUUUUCUAUUUAAGCUUGUGUAAGUAUUUUAAAUGCGUAUUCAGAUAUGGCUGCCAGGGAUUAUGAUCAUUUAUUCAAGCUCUUAAUCAUUGGGGAUAGCGGUGUUGGAAAGAGCAGUUUGUUACUCAGAUUUGCAGAUAAUAUGUUUUCAGGAUCCUACAUUACAACAAUUGGUGUGGAUUUUAAGAUAAGAAAGAUCAAUGUUGAUGGGGAGAUGGUCAAAUUACAGAUCUGGGAUACUGCAGGACAGGAGAGAUUUCGCACAAUAACAUCAACAUAUUACAGAGGAACACAUGGAGUUAUUGUAGUAUAUGAUGUAACAAGUGCUGAUACAUUUGUCAAUGUGAAAAGAUGGCUGCAUGAAAUUGAUCAAAAUUGUGACGAUGUCCAGAGAAUUUUGGUUGGUAACAAAGAUGAUAAUCCAGAAAAAAAGGUUGUUGUAAAAGAAGAUGCUGUGAAGUUUGCAGAACAAAUGGGGAUCCAAGUAUUUGAAACAAGUGCAAAAGACAACAAAAAUGUAGAAGAUGUAUUCAAUGCAAUAACACGUAUGGUUCUACGGCAAAAGAAGGAACAACAAGCAAAGGCCAAUGAACAAUCUGGAGUAAUUAAAGUUAAAAAGGACAAAAAGAAAUCUAGGAAAAAAUUUUCAUGCUGAUGUACAAAAGCCCCAGAUUUUACAGACUUUUAGCAUCAAUACAGUGUUAACUGUGUUAGAAUAUGAACCUGUAUUUACCUUUUGGGUAAAUUGUUAAGAGGUUGUCUUUAAGCUGGCUUGAUGCCUGCAAAAUAAUGUGACUCAGUAUGCUACAUGAUUCCAUAAUUCAUAGAUAUCCUGUUUUCCUUGCCAUAUCUUCCAUUGUGUACAGAUCCUGCAUUUGUGGCUUACUAUCCUAUCAAAUUUAUAGAAUUCUGUUAAUUAUUUUCAAAUUCUUGCUGCGCAUUUGUGUGUUCUGGUAGAACAAAAGUGAAAAUGUACAAAUGUAUCUGUAGAACUGUAUAAAACUGUUCUUUUUUGCCUCAAAAAAGCCACAAGCUGGCUAUGUUUGUGUUUUCUUGUGUUGCAGAUAGUAGAUGAUGCUAGCGCCAUGUAUUGCAAAGGAAGAGAGUACAAAAUCAAUAAAUUAAACCCACACAAUGA